AUGAAUUACUUUACAAUAUUUCUUGUACUGCAGACUUAUUUUAUACAGAAUGCACUCGCCCAUUGCAUCAGACUUCCACCAGCACCUUCAAACAUUCCAGAAUGCGCUAUAAAUAAACCAGUAGUUCAAGAAGAUGUAAAUAGUAGCGGAAUUGGGACUGUUUCCGUAUUUGGUGAUUUGCCUUUAUCUGGGGCAACCCAGGUGGUAGGACAAGUACCUGUUUUGGGCGUGGCCAGGUUCUCUGGGAGCGUUCCAGCUAGAGGUUUCGUAACCAUUUCUGGAGGAUGUGGAUGUGGGUGCCAAUAUACUAAAUCUGAUUAG